GUAUUGGGUCAGGGUCUGCGCGACCAGAUAUCACUAGUUUAUUUUAGAAUUAAACAGUAUAGUAAGUACUAUUUGUUACGAAGUACAAUGGUUUUCAUGGAGAUAAUCUAAUUUUUUGGCCAUGCAGUGUGUAUUUUUAGUGUUUUUUUAGUCUUAAAAUAAAAUAAGUUUAUAAUUAGGUGCCGAAUCGGCCAAUGUAUUAGACUAUUACUACUAGUACUGUAGUCGUUUAGUAGGCCUAAUCUCAAUCCAACUAAAGUUGACUUAACUUUGCUGGAAAAAUGCGCUUUCUUCUCCUUUCCGGCAUGGGUUUCAACCCGAUCCUCAUAGUUUUAUCACUUCUCUUCCUCCGCCUUCACGGAUCAGUCGCUUCACCGGAUUCAAUCAUCCGGAUCCUACCGGAAGGUCGGGACAAUUAUUCCCACCGGAAAAUUCCUCGGGAAGUUUAUCAACAAUGUGAGAGCUGGAGAUUCACCGUCGAGACCAAUGACGCCGGUCCCUUUAGCCGUAUCCCAUCGGAAUGUGCUUCCUUUGUGAAAGACUACGUUACUGGCUAUGCUUACAUCUCGGAUUCUGAGGCUGUAGCCGAUGCGUCUAUUGCUUUUGCGAAAACAGUUCAACUUGCCGGCGACGGCAAAGAUGUUUGGAUCUUCGACGUCGACGAGACUCUUCUCUCCAACCUUCCAUACUACGCGGACCAUGGAUUCGGAUCGGAGAUUUUUGAUGAAAAAAUCUUUAAUGCGUGGAUUGAUUUGGCCGAGGCCCCUGUCUUGCCUGCGAGUUUGAGGUUAUACAGAGAACUUCUGCAGCUGGGUUUUAAGAUUGUUUUAUUGACAGGCAGAGACGAGUCUCAAAGGGAAGUCACGGAGAAGAAUCUUUAUAAUGCAGGAUACAGCAAUUGGGAAAGGCUUUUGUUAAGGGGGCCUUCUGACAGAGGCAAAACAGCCACCCUUUUCAAAUCUGAGAAGAGGAAGGAGUUAGAAGAUGCAGGCUACAGGAUUCAGGGUUCCUCUGGUGAUCAGUGGAGUGACUUGAACGGAUUCGCAGUUGCAACGCGCUCCUUCAAACUCCCAAAUCCUAUGUAUAGCUUUCUAUAGUGAAAGAAAACAGGUGGGUGUUCCGUUCAAUUUGUAUAUCAGCAUAUCCUCAUUCAUUUAUCAAGCAAGAAUCAUGUAUGUUUCCAUUGCUGAAGAUAGCCUUGAAUUCUCAUGAAUAAUUCAUGCUGUUGCCAAUUGUAAGAAUUAAAGCCUUUAUCUAUCAUUCAAAGUGUGAUUACUUUUUGCCUUUUAAGUGACCAGUGAUUUUGUGUGCUUAUUUAACUUUCAAUAGAAGGGUAGCAUUUCUUGAUGAGUUUUUUGACUCCCUUGUCAGCGCAAUGUUAGGUGUAUCGCGAAUGGUGUUUUUGGAGUUUGGUUUUGAUGUUAAAUAUGGCCUUCAAAUUGUGGAAAAAAAGAUUUAUCAACGUAUGGAAAAGAUAUGCACUAACUAAUCUAGAACAACACCCUCAUGGACACAAUGAAAAGCUUUUGUGAUUGGGUUAUAGGAUUUCUGACUUGUCAUUGUUAGAAAAUAUUCCCAAGUUCUCUGAAUCCCUCCCUAGAUGAACAUGGGUGCCUGGUUGGGUGGUUUCAUACCCAAAAUAUGAGAUGAUUUGUGAUGCUUGGAUCAAAAAUUGGGAAUGAAAAAGUCCCACAUUAUUGGGAUUGAUUUCCAACAAGUCAUUCCCCCACUUUUUGGAGGAUAUGAAUCCCUCCAACAAAAAUUAUCUUCACUUCCCUUCUUUAUCCUCACUCACCUAACCGUUCACGAGUUCUAACUCCCCCCAUCAUCACUAAGUAAAUCUCAUAUUCACCGUCCUCUCCCCACAUUCCUGCAAUUUGUCAUUUCCAAUCUUGUCAAAUUUAACGAAAGCCAUUUCAAAUUUUCUAAUAUUAACAAAUCCAAGUAGUAAUUUGAGAGUUUGGCCAUACCAAUUUAUCAAAACCCAUUUCAGUUAACAAACCAAGAGGCAAUUGGAGAGUUCGGCCCCCUCGCACCGCCGUCGUAAUGACGGUUUGCUCUCACAAUUUUGCAAUUGGAAUUUGGCUUAUCUGACUUGGGUUUGUGAUUUGGAUUUUGUGUUAUUGCUCAUAUGUUCAAUGAUUUGAUUAAUUUGUGAUUCAAACUGUGUUUGAUGUGUUGUGAAGAUGAUACAAGGUGAUGAAAGUUGGGCAGAAGGAUGAAUUUGGCGAAGAAGAGGUGGUUGUGGCUUGUGACUGGGAAAACAAGGAAGAGGAUGAACAUAAGAGAUAAGAUUCUAAGGGAAAAAAUUGGCGGAUCUACCCAAAGCUUUACAUGUUUCGUCAAUUAUACCUUAUUCUUUUUUCGGUUAGCUAAUAUUACCGUAAACUAUCCAACCGUUAGCCGAUUUUGUCCAAUUUGCUAUUUUCCGUCUAAAUUAACGGAAUUCUAUUUGUUUUAAUUAUAAAAAUACCCUAAUAGUUUUAAAAAUUUAUAAAAAUAACCCCAAAAAUUUACAAAAAUAAUUUAUUUUCAGUUUUUAUUUAAAAUUUUCUGUUUUUUUAUUUCUUUUUACUGUUUUUCAUAACUAUAAAAAUAUAUUAUAUGAUCUUUUAAAAAAAUAUUUAUUUUUAAACUUUAAUGUACAAACUUUUAAUUACAUAUUUGUAUGUCAUGUUUGAUUUACAUAAGCAUAUUAAUUUUUUAAUAAUA